UUGCAAAUGGCUGUGUGCGAGCGAAAGCCAGCGCUUCCCCAGUCUCUAACCUUCCCAUGACGAGUGCUGCAGCUCUAUCAGCAGAACCUUUCUCUCCUUGUGUGGAAGGGUUCCCCCCACCCCCCUUUUCUUUUCUUUCUUUCUUUCUUCUUUUUUUUUUUCUUCUUCCCUUAAUCAGAAGCAGUGAAUGAAAGCCAAUCAGAGUGAGCUCGCCCCGUUUUCCUCGGUUCCCUGCCGUCCAGAGUUAAAAGUGAUGCUGAGAGAAAGCUUGAGUUAGAUUGAAGUAGAACCAGGGGUAGAAAAUAACAGGCGAAAACAAACAAAAAGGGGAUCUAGUGACAAUUUCUCCGGGGUGAUUUCGGCUGGAACCAACUUCCGUUAUCCAGAAGCUGAUUUUAAAAAAGCUUUUGAAAACGUGUCCCAAACAUUGAUGAAAUGUUGGAAACCAGUUGAAAAGCAGCCAUCUCAACACAACAGGACUUCUGUCUCUUCAUCCACACUGAGAAUUGUCAAAAACCAAACUAUGACAGUGUAUCAAUUUUUGCUACUGUUUCUACUCUGGGUAUGCCUGCCACAUUUCUGCUCUCCCGAAAUGGUGUUCAGAAGGACUCCUGUGCCCCAGCAAAGAAUUUUAGGUACCCGUGUACCGAGGAGUGAUGGCAAAAUUCUGCAUCGUCAAAAACGUGGUUGGAUGUGGAAUCAAUUUUUCUUACUGGAGGAAUAUACAGGAUCUGAUUAUCAAUAUGUCGGCAAGCUUCAUUCAGACCAAGAUAAAGGAGAUGGAUCACUCAAAUAUAUUUUAUCUGGAGAUGGAGCUGGCACUCUCUUUAUUAUUGAUGAAAAAACAGGUGACAUUCAUGCCACAAGAAGAAUUGAUAGGGAAGAAAAGGCCUUUUAUACUCUACGUGCACAAGCUAUUAACAGAAGAACUCUGAGGCCAGUAGAGCCAGAGUCUGAGUUUGUGAUCAAAAUCCAUGAUAUCAAUGACAAUGAGCCAACCUUCCCAGAGGAAGUUUAUACAGCUAGUGUUCCUGAAAUGUCCGUUGUAGGUACUUCUGUGGUGCAAGUCACAGCUACCGAUGCCGAUGACCCCUCGUAUGGAAACAGCGCCAGAAUCAUUUACAGCAUACUUCAGGGGCAGCCAUAUUUCUCUGUGGAGCCUGAAACAGGUAUCAUCAGGACUGCUUUACCCAACAUGAACAGAGAAAACAGGGAGCAGUACCAAGUGGUGAUUCAAGCCAAGGAUAUGGGCGGCCAGAUGGGGGGAUUAUCCGGGACCACCACAGUGAACAUCACACUGACAGAUGUCAACGACAAUCCACCUCGCUUCCCCCAGAACACCAUCCAUCUUCGAGUUCUUGAAUCUUCUCCAGUUGGUACAGCCAUUGGCAGUGUAAAAGCAACUGAUGCUGACACUGGGAAAAAUGCCGAAGUAGAAUACCGAAUUAUUGAUGGUGAUGGGACUGAGAUGUUUGACAUUAUAACGGAGAAGGACACGCAAGAAGGCAUCAUAACUGUGAAAAAGCCUCUUGAUUACGAGAGCCGAAGACUUUACACUCUGAAGGUUGAAGCAGAAAAUACCCACGUGGAUCCACGUUUUUAUUACCUAGGACCAUUUAAAGAUACAACAAUUGUGAAAAUCUCUAUAGAAGACGUGGAUGAGCCUCCCGUUUUUAGCAGGUCCUCCUAUCUGUUUGAGGUUCAUGAAGAUAUUGAAGUAGGCACAAUCAUUGGAACUGUAAUGGCCAGAGACCCGGAUUCUACAUCUAGCUCCAUUAGAUUUUCCUUGGAUCGUCAUACUGACCUUGACAGGAUUUUCAACAUACAUUCUGGAAAUGGAUCCCUUUAUACAUCAAAGCCACUGGAUCGUGAAUUAUCUCAAUGGCAUAAUCUUACUGUUAUUGCUGCUGAAAUCAACAAUCCCAAAGAGAUGACUCGAGUGGCUGUUUUUGUGAGAAUUUUGGAUGUCAAUGACAACGCCCCACAAUUUGCUGUGUUUUAUGACACUUUUGUGUGUGAAAAUGCCAGACCAGGACAGCUAAUACAGACUAUAAGUGCAGUAGACAAAGAUGACCCUUUAGGUGGACAGAAGUUUUUCUUCAGUUUAGCUGCUGUCAACCCAAAUUUCACAGUGCAAGAUAAUGAAGAUAACACUGCCAGAAUUUUGACCAGAAAAAAUGGAUUCAACAGACAUGAAAUCAGUACGUAUCUCUUGCCGGUGGUGAUCUCAGACAACGACUACCCGAUCCAGAGCAGCACCGGCACGCUCACCAUCCGGGUGUGCGCCUGCGACAGCCAGGGGAACAUGCAGUCCUGCAGUGCAGAGGCCUUGUUGCUGCCUGCCGGCCUCAGCACCGGGGCGCUGGUCGCCAUCCUCCUGUGCAUCAUCAUUCUGCUGGUUAUAGUCGUGCUGUUUGCAGCCCUGAAAAGACAGCGGAAAAAAGAGCCUCUGAUCUUGUCUAAAGAAGACAUCAGAGACAACAUUGUGAGCUAUAACGACGAAGGCGGCGGCGAGGAGGACACCCAGGCCUUUGAUAUCGGCACCCUGAGGAACCCUGCAGCCAUGGAGGAGAAAAAGCUCCGGCGAGACAUUAUUCCCGAAACUCUCUUUAUCCCACGGAGGACUCCCACAGCGCCGGACAACACGGACGUCCGGGAUUUCAUUAACGAGAGGCUCAGGGAGCACGAUCUUGACCCCACCGCCCCGCCCUACGACUCCCUGGCCACUUACGCCUACGAGGGCGACGACUCCAUUGCGGAGUCGCUGAGCUCCUUGGAGUCGGGGACCACGGAAGGAGACCAAAACUACGAUUACCUCCGCGAGUGGGGCCCGCGCUUCAACAAGCUGGCCGAGAUGUACGGGGGCGGGGACAGCGACAAGGACUCCUAACCUCACACCUGCCCCGAUCGGACAGCCGAAGUCUCUGCACCGACCCGGCGCCAGGUCUCGCUAUUUGCUCUUCAGGAGGAUUUUCCUGCCACUCAGCACAAUGUUUUCCCAUUUCCUUGUUAAUUUGUUCAUUACUUACAUUAAUUCUUUCCUGUAGGCUGUCUCAUGGAAUAUAUACGACAUUUUAUUUAAUCUCUUCCAAGAGCCAAAGCUAUGGAAAUUCAGUGUUGUCCAUCUUAGGAAAUAAAAGAUAAUUUCAGAAACACGAACAGGAUAUUGCUCCCCUAAGCAACCUCACAAACAAGCCGCUUCUGUUAGAUACAAGUCCUGCCCUUGCAAAUGAAACUUUGAAAAAGGUGAAGAAAAAUGUUAAGGUAUAUCCUGUUCUGUACAUUAAGUUAAACAAAAAUGUACAUGUGGUGUUAGUAGGUGUGAUAUGCAACCUGGUAUACAAACGUUUGUGCAAUUUCAUUUCAUCAAAUUCUAUCUGCUAAUGUUUUAUAUUUAUAUUUUUGUAUUUAUUUUUAAAAAAAUAAACCAGUUUUUACAACUA